AUGGAGAGGUCUAUCGCGUCCGUGAGCUCGCAGCAACGUCGAGCAUCGACCCGCUUGAUGGCAGCGUCGAAACAGGUCUCGAUGAUGAUACUUCGCCAGUGGCUUCUCAUCGGCAUGGGAAUUGCCUGUCUUUUGGCGUAUCUGUUUCCCAAUGUUGCCAAGACCGAUGGAGGGAUCAUUCGCAGUGAAUACACUGUGCUGUACGGCGUUAUUGCCCUCAUCUUUCUUAUCUCCGGCCUGAGUAUCCCGCAACAAAAGCUAGUCAAGCAAUUUCUCAACUGGCGAUUACAUCUGCUUGUCCAAAUCAUCUCCUUUCUCUUCAUCCCCGCUCUGGUUCUGGCUGUCGUUCAUAUCAUCCUUGUAGCAGAUCCGGCCGGUCACAUCGACCGUGCCGUCUUGGCAGGUUAUGUUCUCACAGCAUGCAUACCGACGACCAUCGCCUCCAAUGUGGUCAUGACUCGAGCUGCUGGGGGAGACGAUGCCGCUGCGUUAGUCGAAGUCUUGAUAGCAAAUGUGCUAGGACCCUUUGUUACAGCUGUGUGGACGGUCACUCUCAUGCCUAAAUCGCCCGAGUUUGAUACGUGGAGAUACGGCGGUGGCAAGUUGGGGAGCAUGUACGCACAUGUCUUUCAGCAGUUGGGCCUGAGUGUAUUGCUUCCUCUGUUUCUUGGACAAAUCGUCCGUUGGACAUGGCCUGAGCGGACAGCCUGGGUAAUACAGAAGACAAGUCUGCGAAAACUGUCCAGUGCUUGUAUGCUUCUUCUCAUUUGGACGACCUUCUCAUCCUGUUUCGCUACCGGCGCUCUUCAAAGCUUGUCUGUACAAAGCAUCGUCUUCGUCGUUCUCUUCAACAUUGUUCUCUAUAUUGCACUCACCGUGAUAUACUUCUUCAGCUGUCAACCGCCCAAAAUGCUCCAUCGAUAUUCAUGGUCCCAGCAUCUCUUCAAAAGCUUGCCCCCGGAAGAGACCAUCGCAGUUUGCUUCUGCUCGCCAGCGAAAAGCACAGCCCUUGGCCUACCGUUACUUUAUGCCAUGUGGGCACCGGUGGACUUCUACACCAAGGCCAAAACCUCAGUGCCGGUUCUUUUGUACACCACGGAGCAGAUUUGCGUGGCGCAAUUUUUUGUGCAGUUGUUUCGUCGCUGGCACUCUCGAAUUAUUGAGGGCGAGGAUAGACAGGGACAUGAACUGGACGGGAUUAGUAACCCGCGUGAAGAUGAGUGUCAAGAUCGACUUUCACGGAUAUCUGUGGAGCGUGAUAGAGACUCAGUCUGA